UCGACGUGUCCGGCUCUGGGCGGCAGGCGGCGCUUAUAACAUCCAUGAGAACCGUGAAGAGACAACCCAGCCCGCGCGCUCCGCCGCCGCCGCAAACAUGGCCACACUUGUGUUUUCUCCGCUUCGUUUUACGCUCAAAACCACAAACUAAUUCGACUCUCGGCACGUAAAUCUUACGAGAACCGGAAGAAAAGCCUCCCGUCUCAACACUGACCUCUGGUUUGGUUCGCAGGACUUCCUCUUUUCCUCCCAGGACCCUUCAGACCCGUCGCACACGCUGCGAUUUGCGGCAGCGAGCGCCGGGUUUUCUACACAUUUCGUCUCCCAAAAUACAUAAAAUCGCUUCACAUAAACUAGAAAUGUGUCAUUUCCGUUAGCAGAGGCAUGUUGGAGCAUAACGCAGGUGAAAAUAUUGCGCUAGUGCCGUUCGUUGGACCGGUACCGGGGAGGUUUUUGCUGGCAGUAAACACACGGACGCUGUCGGUGAGUAAGCCGGUCAGGGCUCAUUUCUCCGGAGCAGUCCUCUCUUCCUGCACACAUUUGGUCAACACGGAGGACCGACUGCGGACUCAAGCCACUUUCUGACUCACACAUCUAAUCAAUCAGUCUCUGCUCUUCCUAGACACCAAAUAAAAACAACUGAGCAAUCUUACUGCUCAGCUUUUCUCUGUGAUCUGAUUCAUCACCUUCACUCGCUGAAGCAAAACACUUCAUCUCUAAUUCAACCACAUUUUUUGGAAAUGGUUGAUUUUUAUGUCAGAAUGUUUAUUGAUUUUCCCAGAGUUUUCUGCUUUUCUUACUGUUGUUGCACACAGCUGUUUACAUUCAGAGAUUUUAUCACGUUUCUUUCACCGUUUAAUGUCUAAAACUUUGUGCAUUUUUCUUUUAUUCUGCUUAAGUGGGAUUUUUUUUAAAGCUCAUGUUUGAUUAGUCACUUUUCUUCUACAUUCACAUGCAGCUGCAUUUCAUCCCUUUGGCUGCUGUUCUUAGCGUAAAUACGGACAGCAUCAUUUGGUGUCUUAGACUAAAUUCGUCCAUAUGUUGAAUGUGUUUUUCUUGUGUCUCAAACUUUGACCUCUGUGUUGUUUUGAUCCUCUCCAGAUUAUCCACCUGCUUGUCUGUGAACGUAUUUCUGCAGCUCUUGGAUGGUUGGAGGGAGUCGAUGUCUUAAUAAAUCUCCUCUAACAGUCUCUUUACAGGAUUUGCUGAAGUUGUUCUGCAUCGACGUCCCUUUACCUCCAGAAACCUUCCAGGCCGUGCUGCUGCUGCCGCCGCCACUCAAAGGCAUUUCCACAGCACGAUGCUGCCACCACCAUGCUUCACUGUUGCUGCUACUUCUCUGUUUGUUUCCAGUAUUUGGUGUUCAUCAGAAGCAGCCGGUUAAAACGGAUCAACAAGUCAAUAAAUGAGGCUUUUCUGUUCUGGGGACGACCGUGGAGCCUGGAGGAAUGGCGGCUCUUCGCGGCUUCAGGGAGUUUCUGACGCAGCGGCUGGCGGCGGCCGGGGAGGAAGUGCUUUCUGCGUGUGAAGACACCGUGGUUCGGUGUGAGGAGCAGAGCCGCCUUCAGCAGAAGAUGAUCGAUGUUAUGAAGUCCGAGUUUGAUGCGCACAGAGCAGACCUCCGGCAACAACGUGACGUUAAAGAAGAAGAAGAGAAGUUUGUGCCUGAUGAGCAGCUUUCUAACGAGGAGAGGAGUUCCACUUCUGAUGAGAAGAUUAAAAAAGAGGAGGAGGAGGAUUAUCCAGAGGCAACAGCCAUUAAGGAGGAAGACCAGGAAGAACCCUGCACCAGCAAACUGGGAGAGCAGGUGCAGCUGAAGCGUGUGGAGAGUCAGUCUGCUCCAGAGUCUCUGAAACCCGACGCCUCCAGCAAGAAGAACCUCUGCAGGGCGAAGGCCAGUUUCUGCCACAUUUGUGGCCAGGCUCUGACGAAGCUCGGUUUGGAUCGCCACAUGAGGACUCACACGGGCAGGAAGCCGCUUUCCUGCAAAAGCUGUGGACAAAUCUUCCGGCUCCGUCUGUCUUUGGAAGUCCACAUGAGGACCCACGCCGGGACGAAGGAGCACGCUUGCAAGACGUGCGGGAAAACGUUCAGACGAAGCGACCAUCUUGAACUCCACACGAGAACCCACGGCGACAAGAAGCUGUACCUCUGCAACGUCUGCGGAAAAAGCGUCGCCGACCCGUCGGCUUUCAGGAGGCACAUGACCAUCCACACGGACGAGAAACCGCACUCCUGCAAAAUCUGCGGUGAGAAGUUCAAACACAGCAACACCCUGCUGUGCCACCGGAGGGCGCACUCGGGCGAGCGGCCGUACGUCUGCCGCUUGUGCGGCAACAAGUUCGUCAACGCCUCGAAGCUGAACCGACACACGAUGUCGCACACUGGCGACAAACCUCACGCCUGCGAGCACUGCGGGAAGAGAUUCAUCCGCCUGCACCAGAUGAAGGAUCACGUGAGGAGGCACACCGGGGAGAAACCGUUCGACUGCCACACGUGUGGGAGAAAAUUCAUCAGCAGCACCGAACUGAGAGCUCACACCAAAACCCACACAGGUGAGACAUCGCAGCCAUAGACAAGCUGCGGUCGCUUUGUUGAGAAGGUUUGGAUCAGAAACAAAAACUUUGGGCCAAUAUUGCCAUAAAAGCAUGUUUCUUUGUUUUCACCACCAGUAAAACGGCUGAUCUGAUGCUUUACAACCUGGAAGUAAAUCUUUACUGGGUUUAUAAAGAAUCGUUAACACAAUUAUCCUCUAAUAAUGACAUUCAGUCCCAGGUUUAGUGAACUCUUAUGGGUUUUACUAAGAUUUCUCUGUAGUUUUGUUUUUUUUCAAUGGAAUGAUAAAGAAUAUUAUGAUUAUUAAUAUUAUUAAAAUGCUGCCGCUUUUGGUUUGCGUCAAAUUGAAAAAUGUCCAUCCUGAGCCUUUUUAUUUUGACAGCCAAACAAACAUGAGUUCUUUCUGCCAAUCACUCUGUUUUGUUGUUGAUCUUCUUUCCUGAAAUUAAUGAAACUGAUUUUUUUCCUGAGGUUAACCAGGAGACAUCAUAGAUUCAGUUUCAUCCAGAACUAAAUAAUCUAACAAUGAUGACUUGAAAGUUUUAUUUGAAGUGAUUUCUGUUAUUUACAAGAGUCUGCUUGCUGCAUAUUAUUUAUGCAAAAUAAGAAUAAAAAAACCCGUUAAAAAUCA